GGUCUCGCAUCCAGCCGCCUUUCCACUUUACGAACGACACGCUCAACGCACGAACGCCACCGCCAAAAUGAAACUCGUCAGAUUUUUGAUGAAGUGUGCCAAUGAGACGGUGACGAUCGAACUCAAGAAUGGCACCAUCGUCCACGGCACCAUCACCUCGGUCUCGCCGCAGAUGAACACGGCGCUGCGCACAGUCAAGAUGACCCCCCGGGGCCAGGACGCCGUCUCGCUCGAUACCAUGAACAUCCGCGGCUCGACGAUUCGAUACUUUAUCCUGCCCGACUCGCUGCCGCUUGACACACUGCUAAUCGACGACCAACCGAAGCCCAAGAACAAGGCGCGCAAGGAGGCGGAGCGCGGCGGCCCUGUCCGUGGAGGAAGAGGCGGUCCCAGAGGAAGAGGCCGUGGUCGGGGACGCGGUCGCGGACGCGGUUGAGUUGGGAUUUUAAUGGGGGAAAAUGGGAGACCGCGCAAAUUCGUUCGACAAAGACCGACGCCAACCCACUGCUGUCUUUGUUUCUGGACCAAACAUUCGGGAUUUUGACGGGCGCCGAGAGAGUCUUUUCUGUUUGCCCGAGGAAGAAAGACGGAAUGGUCAUUUGUGGAAUCAUGAAAGAACUCUUGAAAGGGGGAUAUUAUCUAUGCCAAAAUCCC